AUGACGCUCGUGAUGACGGAGAUACGACUGCAGAGCCCGGGCGUGCACAAGGCUCUACGAGGAAAGAAAAACAGACGUCGAAGUGUGAAACAGGAGAGUGCUCUUUGCACGAGCAAGGAGGCGUCAGAUGCAUGUGCAGAUCUCUAUGAAGCUGCACAGGCUCAGCUGGAGCAGGAGAUGAAGGAAGCUGGGGUGGAAGGGAGUCUGCCCAUGAGUUUUGGCAGUGGAUCGAGGGGAGAGACGUCACGAAAGCGCAAGCGAUUAUUGGACACGAAAGAGACAGAGGACGUGGCCGAUAUGGGGAGAAUUGAUGAUGAAAUGGGAGGUGCAGAGGAUGGUGGUGGUAGUGGUGGUGGUGAUGAAGAGAAUAUGGAGGAGAGCAGAGGACAAGUGGUUGCUGGUGUAGCUGCUACUGCCGUUGGUCUUGCGAGUGAAGACGAGGUGGACAGAAUUGUCAGCAAGGAGACGUUGGCAUCAGAGAUGGCAUUUGCUGGCGCUGUUUCUGCUACCGCUGCUGCUGGUGCAGGUGAAGAUGAGGUAAAAGAACUUGUCAGUGAGGAGUCGUUGACAUCGGAGAUGGUAGUUGUGAAUAAGGUGCGCGUGGUGUUUGAUUCGGAUGGAGAAGUUUCCGGACGAGUUAUUGAGCAGGUUAAAGUGGUUACCGAGGAAAAAGUGAAGCAAGAGCCGAGUGUCUCGGACGUCGCACGGAAGAAGAAACGUGCUGCAAAGAAAAAGAAGAAAAAGCAUCCAGUUGCGAAAGACGUGCUGAAGUUUUAUAUGCGAAGACACACCCUUUUCGAAAAGUUCGAGAAUGGCAUUAAACUUGACCACGAAAGCUGGUUUUCGGUCACGCCUCAAGCCAUUGCUGAGCAUAUUGCAAUGCGUCUGAGCUGCGACGUAGUGCUUGAUCCCUUUGCAGGCUGUGGAGGAAAUGUGAUUCAGCUAGCAAUGACGUGCAAGCAGGUUAUUGCGAUCGAUAUCGACCCGGUAAAGAUUCGCAUGGCAAAGCAUAAUGCUGCUAUCUACGGCGUAGCAGACAAGAUCGAGUGGAUUGUGGGUAACUCGAUCGACCUGUUACCCAGUCUUCAAGCUGACGUCGUCUUUCUGUCUCCUCCUUGGGGUGGCGUGGACUACAACCGGACGUGUUUUAGCUUGGACGACAUGCUGGUGAAAGGCGUAUCGGGGCUGGACCUCUUUACCAAGGUACGGAAAGUGUCGAAAAAUGUUGCAUACUAUCUGCCAAGGGGUACGCCGACGAUGGUCUUGGAGGCGCUGGCGCCCGGUGAGCAAGUUGAGUGUGAAAAUGUUUUUUUGGACCAGCACCUUACAGUGGUGACAGCCUACUACGGUGACUUGGCAGCCCGGGAAGUGCCGGAGGUACCAGUUAACGAGGACGUUUUUCCGAAUGAGGAGACUGUCGACGCGUAA